AUACGUGUAAGUGCGACAGCAACGAGAGGCGGGAUUCUUCUGGAUCGUUCUCUCUUCUGAUCGUCUCUCUCUCUCGAACUUUCCUGUGUAUCCUUUUAAUCAGUUCCUCACUAUCCCCUUUCAGAUCAUCUAAGCAUCGUUUCGCAAUUAGCACCAUCAACAAUUCUGUUUUCCAGCAAAUAGUCGUCUGAUCUGAGAACGAACCUACAUUUUCAGAGUCGAUUUUUGAUCCUCAGGUUGCCUUACUUUCUUUCUGAAAAUCCAGGAUGAGUCCAGUGGCAGAUUCGAGUUACCUCAACGGAAAUUUGGCUUCUGCGGUAAAUCAGCUGCUUAACUUCCCUGAAAGUAUUGAGAAGUUGGUAUUCCCUUUACGGUCCCAUGACAACCAAGAAUCUAAAGGAAUGGCUGCGGUUCCCGUUGAUGUCCUUGACACUCCCAGGGAGUACAUAUUCUACAUGGACGUGCCUGGUUUGUCGAAGUCUGAUAUUCAGGUGACGGUUGAAGAUGAGGGCAUUCUUGUGAUACGAAGUAAUGGAAAGAGGAAACGUGAGGAGGAGGAGGAGGGAUGCAAGUAUAUCCGGCUGGAAAGGAGAGCAUCCCCCAAGUUCACGAGAAAAUUCCGGCUACCUGACGGUUCCAAUGUUUCCACCAUUUCAGCCAAGUGCGAUAAUGGGGUUUUGACGGUGACGGUGGAGAAGCUCCCCCCACCCCCAAAGUCCAAGACCAUUGAAGUCACCAUAUCUUGACUCUUGAGAAACCAAUUGUAUUUGUAGCACUUGAGAUUUUAAGUGUAGUCUACUGACUCACUGUCUCUCUUUGCUUUCAACAGUAGUACACUAGUAGUGGUGAUUAGAGAAUCCUUUUUUGCACAGCCAUUUUCGUCACGAUGGGCGACCCUCCUGUAUAUACCUAAAAUUACAUAGUCGAUUGGCUUCGUCCCUCCUUGUACUAGGUCUAGAGUCUGUAGUUAUAUUCCUGUUAUCAAUGUAAUGCAGGCAAAUUAUCCUUAA